UGGCCGCCGCGAACUUCGGCGAAGUCUCGAAAUGGAUUAGUAACAAAGCGGCCUCGUUCGUUGGUAGCAUUGCGCGUGGUCAAAUCCAUCGUGAUGACAGUUUUGAGUGGUGACAGCCGCGUAUACGCUCGUUAGCCGUAGCGUAGCUCCGUGUACCGUACGGUCGACAGUCGGGAAUUCGGUCGUGCUGAUACAUCCCGGAUACACGGAACUAUCGUCGACACGCGGCGCGACACGAGGCACGAGGUAAUUUGGAAUGAAAUUGGAAACCUAAAUGUCGAUAAAGAUACAACACACACACUCACACAUAGUAAAAAGUAGCAGGUCAGUUAAAAAUUGAACAGUCGCAAUGGUCUUAUACUUUACGGAGGCGUUUUUAUUUUACGAAUGAGAAAUUAAUUCGAAAGCGAGGAUGGAGGUGAAAAAUAUUUGACGGAUUAUCUCGUACAGGAAAGACUGAAAUUGUUACGCCAUGAUAUAAUCUAGUCACGAGCAAACGACCGUUCCGGCGUUGAGCGAUGACGAAUGCACGCAUACAUACAAAUCGUUCAUCCUAAAGUGUUCACUUCUUGCUAAGAAAAUAUUCAGAGGCCGUAAUUACAAGAGGCCAGAACGUCGCUCGGGACAGCGUGAGCGGGUCGGUCGGCCAAUUAGGACUGUCGCGUUAUGGACCGCAGGUGAUGAGCGUGCUGUGCUUGUGCACCUCCAGCAUCCACCAGUCUACCCGUAACGUCACGCAGACCGGCAAGAUACUCCCGAGUCCGCCGUUAGACGCCCUUUGCGAGCAGCGGAUAACGCCCUCGCAGGAAAUACCCACUGACGAGCUGGCGCUGUUAGCUAAGCUGGAGGAAGCCAAUAGGCUGAUCGAAUCCGAUGCAAAGUCACUGAACUCCCUCCAGAGCAAUCACAGCAGAAAGGGCUCCGACACAUCUCAGGUGUCUGUGGCGUCGGGGGGCAGCGGAGGAAACGGCGAUGCUGCGUCUCGACGCCACGACCCGACCGAUGGCGAGGAGAAUACGUGGACUCUCUGGGGUCACAUAGUGAACGACUGGGAUCAUCAUUGGAAGAAACGAAAAGAGUUUGUUAAGGAAUUGGUUCGUCAAGGCAUACCUCAUCAUUUCAGGGGAAUUGUCUGGCAGCUAUUAAGCGGUGCCCAUGACUCUCCCGUUAAGAAGCAAUUCGCCGAAUACAUCAAAGCGACAUCAGCCUGCGAGAGGAUAAUCAGGAGAGAUAUCGCCAGGACGUAUCCUGAGCAUGACUUCUUUAAGGAAAAGGAUGGUCUCGGCCAGGAGAGUUUGUUUAACGUUAUGAAGGCUUACAGCCUUCACGAUCGCGAAGUAGGAUACUGCCAAGGUUCAGGGUUUAUUGUAGGAUUACUUUUAAUGCAGCAAAUGCCGGAGGAGGAAGCUUUCGCUGUACUUGUGGCGCUUAUGCAAGAGUACCGUCUACGGGACAUGUUCAAACCGAGUAUGGCUGAGUUAGGGGUGUGCAUGUAUCAACUGGAGCACUUGGUCGCGGACACGCACCCCGAACUUCACGCUCACUUCACGGCCCAAGGUUUUCACACGUCGAUGUAUGCGUCCUCUUGGUUCCUUACACUAUUCACCACAGCGCUAAGUCUUCCUCUGGCAUGCCGCAUUUUCGACGUUUUUCUAUCUGAGGGCAUGGAAAUUAUCUUUAAGGUCGCGUUGGCGAUGCUGCAUUUAGGCAAAGCAGAUUUGCUUAGUUUAGACAUGGAGGGCAUGUUGAAGUUUUUCCAGAAGGAAUUGCCUGGAAAGGCCGAAAAAGAUCCUGAUGGUCUUAUGACGCUCGCUUACGGGAUGAAAAUCAAUCCGAAAAGAAUGAAGAAACUGGAAAAGGAUUAUACCAUCUUAAAGAUGAAGGAGCAGGAGGAGAUGGUCGAGCUACGCAGGCUUAGAGCGGAAAACAGGCUGCUUAGACAAAGGACCGAACUUUUAGAAGCCGAGUCCGCGGAACUGGCUGACAGGUUAGUUAGAGGUCAGGUGUCGCGCGCGGAAGAGGAGGAGACCGCGUUCAUCGCGCAGAGAGAAUUGGCGGCGCUUCGGCACUCGCAUCUCGAGACGAGUCAUCAGCUCGAGCAAGCUCACGAGGAAUUGAGAUCGCUGUCGAUACUCCUCGAGGAGAACGUGACGUCCAGACAAUCGUCGCUGGAUGAGAUGUUAACGAAGCAAGAAGCACUGUCGCAGAAAGAAGAGAUGAUACAGUGUCUGCAAGAGGAAUUGGUUAGAGUUAGAUUACACGAGGCGGAAAACGAUGCGCUGAUCAGGGAGCUGAAGGGAAGGAUACAGGAAUUGGAACAAGACAAGAAGACUUUGCGCGAAUCGACGCCGGACAAUUCCGUCGCUCAUUUACAAGAAGAACUUAUCGCAGUUAAGCUUAGAGAGGCGGAAGCGAAUUUAUCUUUAAAGGAUCUGCGGCAAAGAGUUGUGGAACUAAGUGCGGCUUGGCAGAGGCAUUUACAAGAGCAUCGGUCCGCUCAAUCAGCGCCUGCCGCUGAUUCCACGCCAAAGAAGUUGCUCUUUUGGGAGAAUCGGGGACACGAAGUGCAAAAGUUCGAAGAAGACUUAAUGACAACAAGGAUCCGAGAGAUGGAGGCAUUAACCGAAGUCAAGGAGCUUCGGUUAAAAGUUAUGGAGCUCGAGACUCAAGUGCAAGUGGCGACGAAUCAGCUCCGUAGGCAGGACGAAAACGGGAAAGUACUUAAGGAAGACUUGGAAGCCGCGUUAGCUCGGGAAAAGGAUCUGGCAGCCAAGCUGAGAGAACAGCAGCACAAGUAUUCCGAUCUGGAAUCAAAAAUGAAAGACGAGGCUAUGAUGGCUAGGAUACGUGAUGCCGAGCACGCGCAGCAAGUGGCGGAGCUCACGCAGAAAAUAUCUCUUCUCGAACUGAAGAACGAGGAGAUGUAUGCAGAGGGCGAGCUUAGGAAUAAUUUAGACGACAGUGAGAAAGUGAGGGAGCUGCAGGAUAAAGUUGCCGAGUUAAAGGCUGAGGUCAUGAGGCUAGAGAAUUGGAAACAACGUUGGACGGGUCUCGGCGGGCAAACUGCACGAAGUUUUAGCGUCGAUACUGAAAGCGAAUUGGACGAGCGGGAUCUCAGAAUUUGCUUACAGGAUCAUAUCAAUACGACCACGCCAAACUCACCCGAGAUUGUUGAAACCGAAACCGAGCGAGAUAGUCGGAAGUACUUGUAAAAACUAGUACCCGCAUAGCUCGUUCCUAACAGUGACUACCUAGGAUAAUUACUUCCAAUGUAAGUACUCGCGUAAACAUCUUGCUACUUUCUUUUACAGCGAGUCACCUUAGCCUACUUGCAGCGCGUCUUUUCUCGCUUGGCCUAAAUCGUUACGUCCUAUUCCUUUGUUGCGUUCAUAAUUGGCAGCGAUUAAUGUUUUUUAACCAGUAAAUCUCCGUGCGUUAAUGAGUCACGAAUCACUUUCGAUACAAAGCCCUCUUCGCUUUUUUCACGCAUGCAUGUGUGCAGAUUAGCAUGAGCGUAUUAUAACGGAGUUACGAAGACGCACUGGCAGAACGAUAUUUCGUAGUAUUUUUUAAUUGUGUGCUUUAAUGCGUAAAGACAAAUCGCGCGAAUUUUAUGCGAUUUGGCGUUUCUGUAUCGCACGGGCUGCGCACAGAUUAAAAGAGAUACCAAAAUUUGAUAUUAAUUAAGCGAAUCGAACGAAAAUUGUAGAAAACGCGAAUAACAUGGCUGUUUCACGAUCACGUAUCGAGCAAUGUAUUUAUUGUGUAAGUAGGACGACGAAAGAAUAAAUGUGCAAGACCGAGGAGGAGAGAGUGACAUUUAUAUCUGCGUUUUGUGAGUUUAGAAGAAAUAUUUAUAGCGCCUUAGAUUUUGUUGCACAUUAAAUUAUGCUGUUAGAAUCAAUUUAAUCGACACAGACACACUUAACAUCGUAGAAUAAACGGCGGUGAGUUACGAUGUGUGUACCGCAUUCGUAGUAUCGUAAUACGUAUCUGUAGUUUCCGUGUCAUUGGACUUGUAUAUGUAGAUUGUCCUAGACCUACCGAGUUAUCUUUCAGCUCCAAAUAUCAACGGGCCAAACUAAUUAAAAUGCCAACUAUUUCAGUGUUAAGAUUUUGAUAUAAAACUUUUUCGAAAAGUUAUGAAAUUUUCCACAAAUACAAAUUUAAAAGUAUACUCGAUAAGCUUAAAAAUAAACAAUCGAUAAUCAAGUUCUAAUUCGGUUCUAAUUUGAAGCAAAAGUAAUUUUAAUAAUAAUUUAAUCUCAUUAAUUAGAGAUCAAUCACUGUGAAAUCCUGGUAUUUUUCAAUUGAAAAUGUGAUAAUCGAUAGGCUUGAGUAGAAUUUUUCUUAAGGGAAGGUCGAUAUCGUUUUUAUUGAAGAAUUACGAUUUAAAUGGCUCGCUAGGUCGAGAACACCGUAUAUACGAUACGAAUUCAUUCCGUUAAAUUGCAUCAUUGAUCGUGCACGAUAAAAGCGAAAUAAUGAAUAAAUCAGCGACUACGCAUCCAACGAUAUCAAUAAAUUAAGUUGCAUGAAACACGCUACGAGAGUAAAUCAUUAUUCAUCACCGUGUGUUUUCGUAGUCAAAUCCAUGAAAUGUCCUUUGAUUUCAUUCUCUUAAUUGGCUUUUUCUAAAUUCGAUAUUCUCAGACGAGAAAUAUUACUUAAUAAUAUCGAUUUUGUUUUUAAACAACUUAACACCACUGAUGCCAUCAUUACUGUUGUGAGAUAUAUUUGAAAUACGAGUUGAAACAACAAUUUAUAUAUAAAAUUUCGUAUGCCGAUACAGUUGUCACGAUUACUUGAAGAAGGCGAACGUAAGUGCGCGGCAGGAACUACAAUGCGUCGCGCCACAGUAUUAAUAAUUUAGCGCACGUUUUUUUCCCUCGGAAACCAGUACGUUCGAUCGACGCAGAACUACCGCAGUCCAAGAUGUAGCAUGCGUUCGUUCUUGUUGUGACGACGAUAGAAGGUCACCGAGGAGAUAGAUAGAUGGUUUGGCGUAUCUCGGCAUAGUAGUCUCGAGCGAUUAAUCUGUUCGCCAAUCGAUUUGUCAUCGACUGCAUUCCAGAGUUUUUAUCGUUUGACUUUAUAAGAGAAAGACAUGGAGAUCGCGCGAUAUUUAAUGGACUUUUCAUGUUGCAUUGCAUGACGAUAGUAUGUGCGUUUCGUGAUCGGACGUCUAAUAGACAAAAUAAUCUCGCAUCGAUGCGUUAUUGCGUGGCACGACGUGUGAAAGCCACGGCUAAACGCGCAUAUUGAACGGCUCGGUGCGAUCGCGACUCUCGUUGCGUGUCCCGCUGAAACGAUCUACUGACUACAGAGUGUCCCGAAAUUCGCGGGUGUCCUGUUACUCUUCAUCUGAACAAUGUGUUGAAUCCGUUGAACAUUUCGCGCGAUCUGUAUUCGAUCAAUAUUCUAAAACGAUACAUGUAUUUUUUUUUAACUUUCUACCCCACAUUUUUGUGCUAUUAAAAAUACCAUUACUGUUAAAAA